UUCACCAUGGGAAGCCCCGGCUCCCUUCCUGGCCUCGCCCCUCGGCCCCGUCCUGGUCUCGCCUGCUGCUAUCUCCUCGCUCUCUUGGCUCUGGCCUCUGCCUGCUACAUCCAGAACUGCCCCAUCGGCGGGAAGCGCUCGGCUCUGGACAUGGACGUGCGCAAGUGCCUUCCCUGUGGUCCAGGAAGCAAAGGGCGCUGCUUCGGACCCAGCAUCUGCUGCGGGGAAGAGCUAGGCUGCUACGUGGGCACGGCCGAGAGCCUGAGGUGCCAGGAAGAGAGCUACCUGCCCUCCCCGUGCCAGUCUGGCCAGAAACCCUGCGGGACUGGAGGGCGCUGUGCUGCCAGCGGGAUCUGCUGCAGCAGCGGUGAGAGGCUGGGCACUCCUGGGUCCUGGGCACCUGUGUCAGAUACUACAGCCUCCAGUGUGUUGUGACGGCUUCCCUCCCCCAAAACCCCUUUCCUUUCCCCACUUCUUCCCUCUCCUGCUCUGACCUUUGGCAGCUUUCAUUUUCUCUCCAGGGUUAGGGGCUGGAGAAGGCAGAGUCUAAGACUGUUUCCACCUGACUGAAACACCUUCCCUUUCUCUUGUAGAUGGCUGUGCACUAGACCCUGUCUGUGACCAAGAACCCACAUUCUCCUAGACCUGGACAGACCCAUCCAGAUGGAGGAGCUCAUUUCCUAGCCCUUCCCCUUCAAUAAAGCUGAAUCUCUAUGACAUUGGUUGCCGUCCAUUUACUUUUUACAGUGGGCAUAGAUUAGCUGGCAAGGGAAAGACAGAUGAUGGCGUCCCAGACUUUGGGAGGUAGAAGGCUAUUCUAUGUGGUCUGUGUAUCAGGAAGAGCUUUAAAUUCCAAGGCAGGGAACCCCUGCUCUCACCCCACCAUUGCUUUCAAUAUGGUGGUGGUGGGGGAGGGAUGUGAAUAAAUACUUCCCUUUUCUAAGGCUGUUACCCACAUAUGGUAGUGGGGGAAGGGGCUCCCUGCUCAGAGACCACAGCCAAUCCUGAGGAAGUUCUGAAGUGUCUGCCCUCCCUUCAAACUCUCAAGGUUGCUGAGGUCACAGUAAAUCCUCACUAGAAGCAGGAGUUGCCCACAAUGCCAGGAUUUUCCAGCUCUAAUUUCACAAAGGUGCCCAUCGCUGUCCUGGCUACCGGAGGCUCCUGCUGAGUGACCAAUUAUGGGGUGGAGCAGAUAUUGGUAGAAUCAUGGGAUCCCUCCUCCUCUCGGUAGCAGCUGGGGAAGUGAUUCUCUGCUCCCACCGUCCACUCCUGCCACCCCCUCAUGGACACCUUCCCUGUCCCUAGUCUGAAUAGCCGACGACGUGGCAGAGUCAGAGGCAACAGACACUUUGUCAGUUGAGGAGCUAGGAGUCUGGCCAAUCUCCAGAGGACAAGGGCUGCCUGUGGGCACAGCCCAAGGACUUGGGGAAGGAAUGCUUGUUUGCCCACCUCUGCCAUUAAUUUGGCCAAGUCUCAUGCCCUUUUUGUACUAAAGUCUCCCUAUCUGUGUAGGGAAGGGGUUAGAUUUGAUGGUCUUUAGAUCAAUAAUUAAUCCUGGCACUGAAGACAGGGAUCUAUGCUAAGGAAA